AUGGCAGACCAGGCGAAGAUAGACGGGCUGCCCGCUCCGGUUGUCCAGGAAUCCACCAGGGUUCCAGAGGCGCUGGAGCCGGAUGAGAAUCCAUAUGAUAACUCUGAUGCAGACUCUGCGUUUGGCAGUGAUGGGGAGAGCUCUACACAGUCUCUGGCAUCUAGUAUACUAAAUUAUGACUGUGCUGAUGGGAAACGCUCUAGAUACGAGAACGGGAGGCGAUACCAUGCAUAUUGCGCUGGCGCAUAUCCGCUACCCAACGACGAAAAGGAACAAGAGCGAAUGGACAUGCAGCAUCAUAUUUAUCUCCUUCUUCUUCGUGGGGAAUUACAUCGCGCACCUCUACAAUCGCCUGUUGGAAAUGUCCUUGACAUCGGCACUGGAACGGGUAUUUGGGCUAUGGACUUUGCUGACCUGUAUCCCGAAUGCAAUGUGAUUGCGACCGACCUUUCAGCGAUACAACCAUCAUGGAUCCCGCCUAACGUACAGUUUCGGAUCGAUGACGCCGAGCAAGAAUGGGAUUUUCGCCAUAAAUUCGACUACAUACAUGCCCGAAGCAUGGGAGGUAGUAUAGGGAAUUGGGAGCGACUCUUAAAGCAAUCCUAUGACAACCUGAACCCCGGUGGUUGGAUCGAGAUAACCGAUUUUGAGACGUGGGCUACCACCGACGAUAACAGUCUCCCGGAAACAUCGCCAUAUCAUGAAUACCAAGUGCAACUCAACCUGGCUGCGGAGAAAUUUGGCAAAGUAAUGAACGUUUCGCCCAGAUUUGAGGAGUUCGUGAGGAAUGCGGGCUUCACUUCGGUUACGGAAGAGAAACGAAAGACACCGUUGUCACCCUGGGCAAAGGACAAGCGGAUGAAGGCUCUUGGACAGUACAUGAACAUACAGAUGAUGGAAUCCAUCGAGCCGUAUUCCCUUGCUCUCUUUACCCGAGUUCUACGAUGGGAUAAUGCAAAGAUACAGGCGCUCUUGGCUGGUGUCAGAGAGGACCUGCGGAACCUGAAUUAUCAUAUGUACUCCGUCGUACAUACGGUAUACGGACAAAAGCCUCCGGCGCAAGAGAAACCCGAGAAGGCUGAGGCAACCUCAUGA